GGUGAAGAUUUGUUUUAAAACUAAUAUUAUUUGAAAUGGGGAACUCUGGUGUGAAACAACAUUAUGAUACUGCGAAAAAGACAGGAACGUUACGAUUGUCGCAGAGAAAACUGGACGAAUUUCCACAAAAUAUACGAGCUUUGGCGCCGAUGUUACGCACGUUGGAUCUAUCCGAAAACAAAUUCAGUCAUAUACCUGAUGAAAUCAGCAAUUUGACGUUGUUGAAGCAACUGAAUCUUAGUCGUAAUAAACUGACAACUUUGCCCGAAGCUCUUGGAGCAUUAACAAAGUUAGAAGGUUUAAACGCAAGCUCAAACCAAAUAACAAGUCUCCCGUGGUCUUUAUCGAAACUAACACACUUGAAACAGGUCAAUCUGUCCGACAAUCGGAUAACCGAUUUCCCCCCUAUGUUUUGUGAUUUAAAAUUUCUGGACGUGUUAGACUUAUCGAAGAAUCGUAUCACGACAAUUCCUGACGCGGCUGGAGCGUUGUAUAUGGUGGAACUUAACCUUAAUCAAAAUCAGAUAUCGACUAUCUCUGAAAAAUUGGCAGAAUGUUCGCGCCUUAAAACUUUAAGGCUCGAAGAAAAUUGUUUGCAACUGAACGCAAUACCUGGUAAGAUUUUGAAGGACUCGCAGAUUUCUGUUUUAUCUGUCGAGGGAAAUUUAUUUGAAAUGAAACAAUUUGCCAAUCUCGAUGGUUAUGACGACUACAUGGAAAGGUAUACUGCAGUAAAGAAAAAAUUGUUUUAAGAGGUAUUAUUGCAUAGAAUAUUUACGAUGGAAAUUGUUAUAGAUGAUAAUUAUUAUAUAAUUGUUUUAUAACAUUAAAGAAA